AUGCCCAAGACAACAACUCCAAAAUCUUUUGUGGACAAAAAUCCCAUUAUUUAUUUUCCUGUGAGCAAUUUGAAUGGAUUGAGCAAGGAACAGAGAGCGAUGCUAGAGCUCCAGAUUAUGCUUGGGAUAGAUUGGACAGAAAUCAUGAAGCUUUUAAUUGCGUAUGCCAUCACUUUUGUACCAUUGGCCAUUUGUCUUUUUUGUUGCAUGUGCUCGUAUCUGACGGCUUUCACUAGGAACCUCAGGGAUCAUGUAGGGAGCCCGCUCUUCCCACUCAUCAUUUCCUCCUACCGAACCAUCAGAUACCACUAUAUAGGUUUCUUCGUUUUUGGAAUCGCUGGAAUCGCGAUGUCAAUUGGAAGUCAAGUGUAUCUCGCAGUAUUGUUUAUGAGAGUUUUUGUCUUUCUGGCAUAUGUUCUUACUGUGUACGUGGCAAUGUAUCAAAUAGUCAUUUCGAUCGUCUCCAUUCAUCGAUUCAUCAACAGUCGUCAAUCUCCGGAACUCCGAGGAGAGCUGACACGAUGCAAUGUGUUCUUUCUCAUCAUUUUCAUGACCUUCGUGGUGCUUUUCAAAGAUAUUGGAAUGGGCGUCUGGAUGAUGAUUCUUGUUCUUGACAAUGAUUCGAGCACAACAACGAUUUAUACGUUUACGACGUACUACUCGAUGGUCUACGUCACCCACCAAAUCCUCCUGUUCAUCGCCACAAUCUUCCAAUUCUGUAUCUCCGAAGCUCCGAAAUCCCACUCCGAAUACUGCGUUGUCACCCACACAAAGUACAUUGGACUCGUCAAAAUGAUUCUCGGCGCCAUCUGUUUCGCAUGUUAUCUUCUUAAAUACGAGACCGUCAUAGUCAGUAUUCUUCUUAGAAAUGAUUUUUUUUGUGAUCUGUCUACUUUCCAGGCGUCCACUAUCUUCUUCGGAGUCGACAUCUUCCUGGUACCAGUCGUCAUUCAGAUUACUGAAAUUCGCGCCAAACCAAAUGUGAUCAUCCCAACGGAAAUUCAAAAAGUGCCGAUGAAAGUCUAA